AUGCGGACUAGUCAUAGGGUGGCCUUCAUUGCUGUUGGAGUUCUAUUCCACGCAUUUUACUUAUGGUCCAUUUUUGAUAUAUAUUUUGUUUCUCCGCUAGUUCAUGGUAUGAAGCAUUAUGUUAGUACUGAGCAGCCGCCAGCCAAAAGGCUGUUUUUAAUUGUGGGAGAUGGAUUACGAGCAGAUACGACGUUUGAUAAGAUUACUUACCCGUCUGCAGGAGAGGCAGAGUUCUUGGCUCCAUUUAUUAGAAGUUUGGUUAUGAACAAUGCAACAUAUGGUAUAUCACAUACUAGAAUGCCGACAGAAUCAAGACCCGGGCAUGUUUCUAUGAUUGCAGGGUUUUACGAGGAUGUCAGUGCUGUUACCAAAGGUUGGAAGGAGAACCCAGUAAAUUUUGACAGUGUAUUCAACCAAUCUGCGCAUACUUAUUCCUUUGGAUCGCCAGAUAUUUUACCAAUGUUUAAGGACGGUGCAUCUGACCCAAAUAAGGUUAGUGCGUGGAUGUAUGGUCAUGAAUUUGAAGAUUUCACUCAGUCAUCGAUUGAAUUAGAUGCGUAUGUGUUUAGGCAUCUGGAUCAAUUGUUUCGCAAUUCUACUGUUAAUGCUACGUUAAAUGAGGAGAUAUUCCAAGAUGGAAAUGUCUUUUUCUUGCAUUUAUUGGGAUGUGAUACUGCCGGUCAUUCAUAUAGACCGUAUUCCGCUGAAUAUUAUGACAAUGUGAAAUACAUUGACAAACAGAUUUCGCUACUAGUUGACAAAGUGCGUGAUUUCUUUGGCGAUGAUGACACAGCAUUUUUGUUCACAGCGGAUCAUGGUAUGAGUGCUUUUGGAUCACAUGGUGAUGGUCAUCCAAAUAAUACUAGGACCCCAUUAGUAGCUUGGGGGGCUGGGUUAAAUAAGCCUGUAAGAAACAAACAUCCAAUACACGAUAACUAUACCAAGAAUUGGGAAUUAUCCGACAUAAAGCGUAAUGAUGUUAACCAGGCUGAUAUUGCUUCCCUAAUGUCGUACUUAAUCGGGGCCAAUUAUCCAGCUAAUUCCGUGGGCGAGUUGCCACUAUCCUAUAUUGAUGCUAGUGAGACAGAAAAGUUACAUGCACUGUACAACAAUGCUAGGGCGAUAGUAGAACAGUAUCUUGUCAAAGAGAGCGAGGUCAUGGAAUCUCAAUUAAGGUACAAAAGAUACCCACCAUUUGCUCAAAAAUCUCACGCAGCUUACAUUCAAGAAAUUGAAUUAUUGAUCGAUCAAAUUGCUCAAGGCGAGAAAUACCUGGAACCAACUGCUAUUAAAUUAACUGAAGAACUAAUGGGUAUUGCAUUAGAAGGAUUACAAUACCUAACUCAAUAUAAUUGGAGAUUGCUGAGAACCAUCGUUACUCUUGGUUUCAUCGGAUGGAUUAUUUAUUCUAUAUCUGUUUUUUUGGGAUCUUUCAUUUUGAAGACCAAAUACGAAACAAAGACGUCUACUUUCAAUUAUUUAUUUUUUGGAGGACUUGGCACCUCCUUAACCUACCUAUUAUAUUACCAACGUUCUCCAUUCAAUUACUAUAUGUAUUUGUUUUUUCCAUUGUAUUUUUGGAGCCAAAUAAUUACAAACAGUCAGGUUUUAUAUGAUGGUAUAAGGGAAUUUUUUACAGGGGUAUCUACAGUUGAAAGCAUAGGAAUUGGUACUGUUGUCAUUCUACUUUAUGAAGGCAUUGUAUAUGGUUUUUUUGCUCGUUGGAUUUUUACGUUAAUAUUCAAUGUUCUGACUAUCUACCCGUUUCUAUGCGGAAUAAAAAGCGUUAAAACUAACCUAUUCUGGAUCUUAAACAGUAUGUGUAUAUCCGUGUUCACAUUAUUCGAUGCUGUAAAAAUCGAAAGUCUGGUACAGAUAAAUGUUUCUGGGAUAUUAAUAUUAUUCAGUACACUAUAUGGGAUAUGGGCUGUUUCUAACCGAAUGGACAGUUAUACUAGAAGCGUUCUAUUGUUUCAAGCUCUGCUAAUUGGUCUAAUGCUUGGUGUGACUAACAAAUCGAUCAUAUCCUUGCAAAAUAGGGAAGGACUUCCAAAUGAUGCUAGAAUUAGUGGAUGGGCCAUUCUUCUAAUCUCCCUAAUCAUUAUGCCAAUACUGAACUGUUUAAAGCCGAAUAACGAUUAUAGGGUGAGGCUUUUAAUUAUUUACGCAACUUUUGCUCCGGCAUUUAUUAUCCUGACCAUCUCCUUUGAAUCUUUCUUCUACAUUCUAUUCACAAGUUACAUCUUCCAGUGGAUAGAACUCGAAUCCCAAAUAAGAGCUUUAAAUGUCGCAUCAAGAAAUACCAAAAACUGCAUGAGCCUAUUGCGAGUUUCAGCUAUUGGAUUUUUCCUUCUACAAGUUGCAUUCUUUGGUACCGGAAAUGUCGCAUCCAUAUCUUCUUUCUCCCUCGAUUCUGUCUACAGGCUACUACCGAUAUUUGAUCCGUUCCCAAUGGGUGCCUUAUUGAUGUUAAAAUUAAUUGUACCUUACAUCAUUUUGUCAAUUGGCCUAGGUAUGAUGAAUCUACAACUGGAUAUAAAAGCCUACACAGUAUCCACACUUAUACUCUCCACUAGCGACAUUCUCUCCUUAAAUUUUUUCUUCCUUUUAAAAACCCAGGGAAGUUGGUUGGAUAUAGGAAUUACAAUAUCUAACUAUUGUUUGGCUAUCCUUUCAUCAUUAUUUAUGUUGAUAUUAGAGUUAUCAAGCCAUCUACUUUUGAAAAACGUUACUGCCGCCAACGUCCCAGCUGGCACGCGAAAAGGUAGGAAAUCACAGUAA